CCACCCAAUUUUGUUCCAGGCACUUGGCUUACAAAAAAGCAUUUUGAAGUGCUCAAAAUCAACAAGUCAAAAUUCCUUCUCCCCAAAGAGGAGAAGCUCACAGCCUGGGUGCUGAAGACACACAAAUACACAUUUUUGUGGGCCAAGUCAGAAAAUGGACAAUUCCAAGCCAAUUAUAUUGAUCAGGUUAUCUUUCCAACAGUCAAACAUGUUCCAUGGCAGGAAUGGAAUAUUCCAGUGCUGCCCACCCUUAUGGAAGAUGUGAUUAAAGUCCUCCAUGCCAAGGUAGCCACAGGCACCUUCAAAUGCUCUCACACAGUUCCCCCAUUGACAGAACACAUUCUGGAAAACUUCAGAUCAAGAGGAUGUUAUGGACUUCUG